UAUUGUGCUUUUGGCCAUCACGAUCUGGCUGCUGUGGAACAUUCUUAACAUGCUCCACGGCAACAACGCACAAUAUGUGGACUGCUGGAGCCUGGGCGUCCUCCUCUACACGCUGGUGUACGGCGCCAUGCCCUUCGACGGCAGCAACUUCAAGCGGCUCGUGCGUCAAAUCUCCGAGGCGGACUACUACGAACCGAAGUGGAAGUCUGACGCGUCGGGGCUGAUCCGUCGCCUCCUGACCGUGGACCCCGCCAAGCGAGCUACGGUCAUCGACAUAUGCCAGGACCGCUGGGUCAACCAGGGCUUCGACCAUUCCUUGCUGCAGCUCGCCGAAGACAUGUCCAACCUGACGCUCGUGCGGCUCGACCUGCUGCUGGCGCUGGCGCCGGCCUCGCCGACGCCCGAAGAAGCGGCGUUCGACAAGGCGGCGAACCCGCCGGACGGCGCAGAGAAGAGCGACAGCUUCGACUUCCAGCCGGCCGUGGAGGCGGCGGCCGAACAGGAGGAGGCGCUCAAGAACGACGACUCGGCCGACUUCAUACCGGCCGCGCUGGCGGCCGAGCUCGAGGGCCAGAACAUCAAGCGCCAGUGUUCCACCGACGGCGGCAGCCUGAUGAGGAUGUCGAGCGUCUCCCACAAGAACAAGAAGGUGCGUACGUCCGACUCGUCUAGGAGGUCCAGCGUGGGGCUCCUGGGAGGACCCUUCGUGCACGACGACGAGGAGUUCGACGACGAGCAGCCGCAGAAACCGCCCGCCGAGAGCGAGGUUCGAGACGAAUCCGGCGCGAAGGAGAAUGACGACGCAGCGGCGCCGACUCGACAGGAUGAAGGGGACGUCCAGGAAGCCACGGAAGCCCCCGAAAGCGCGGAGAGACCGAUGGAGCACGGAGAGGCGACGGCCAACAGCGAAGCGGCCCCGAAAAGGGAGGAACAGCCGCCCCGGAAGGACGACGCGGACAAACCAGCCGCGCAGGCCGACGCGGCGCCCAAGGACGUGACCACGCAGGCGGAAGCGAUCGCCGUUGCCGCCCCCGCUGGGACAGCCGAGACCGCCGCCGAGGAGCAGCCACCGUCGGUGGCGCCGGUGCUGGCACAACGAGGCUCGGGAGUGCGCUGCCCCGGCAAGAUAGUCAUUCCAAAGUGCCUGAGCUCGCAGGCGUCGCCGGCGACGAAUUCGGCGUCUCCAAAGUUCAAGGACACCAAGAAACCGCCACUCCCGCAGACGCCGAAGUCGGCCGCCGUAGAACCGCCCAGUCUCGUUACUACGGAACCGACUGCCGCAGCGGCGGAAGAGUCCGCCGCACCGGAGAAAGUGGGACACAAGAGAGUCAUUCCCGUGCCUAAACGGCCCAAGAGUAAGGGUCCGCUCAGCGCCAGCCCCAGGGAAAGGGAGGACAUCGCGUUCCCCGCAGCCGCAAGCGAAGCUCAGUCCGACAAGUCGCCGUCCGUGGAGAGGAAGCGAGACGCGGCAGCUUCCAGGGGCAUCCUGCGCAGGAGCGCGUCCAAGCCGCAACGCGAGCUGUCCACGGAAGAAGGCAGCAAGGAACCGGAAGUAGACAACGUUCUCCAGAGCACGGCGGAGAUCACGCUCAGUAACCGGAAGAAAGCCGAGCAAGAGCAGAAUCAGUCUUCCGCCCUGUGGAACAACGCGACUCCGGGCACGCCGGAAGAGGAAAUUCCCGAACCGGACGGCCCGCCGAGAAGACCUUCUCCGGAAGGUUCCUCCGCGGACGAGCACGCCAGGCUGGUCGCGGACUCGCCCGUGCGCAGCUACAAGAAGUUCACGUUCGGCAAGGACGGCACGUGCAUCACGGAGAGUGGCCGCGUCUACGCGCAGCCAAAGUCGGACGGCUCGUGGACGACCGUGGAGAAGAAGACCAAGAUCACGCGCAGGCCCAGCAACGCGACCAGCGUGGACGAAGAGGUGGUGCGCACUCCGGGCCCGCCGCCCAAGGACCAACUGACGGUGCCGCGGUCGGCCAGCGGCAGCUCGUCCGAGUCGACCGACAUCUUCAACGACAUGUUCCCCGACUGGCGCACCUCGAGUCCGUUCGGUAACCUCAUGCGAAUGAAGAGCUCGAUCAAGAAGCUGAACAAGGGCUCCCUGUUUCGCGGCGCGGACCCGUUCACCGGCAUGGAGACGUUCCGACGAGAGCGGACGCCCGAGAAGCGGGCCCGCGAGUGGGGCAGACGUGGCGGCGGCGGUCAGGGGUCGACGUCGACCGACAGGGACUCCUCGGACGAAGACGACUUCGGCCUGCACUUCGACCACUCACACCCGCAAGCUCUGUUCCAGUUCAUGCGCAACAUGAGCCGCGAUUUCCGCAACCACUGCAAGAGCUUCCUGCCCGCAUCCACCUCUCCAUUCUCGAGGUCCGGCAAGGAGCCGUCGUCGCAGUCCUCUCGGCCCCAGAGGGAGACCUUGCUUCGGUUCGUGGUCGACAAGCCGUCGAAAGCGACCGGUAGCGAGCCCGGAACGCCGCACACCCGCGCCAUGGGCGGAGAUCCCUUCUCCAAGCGGUCGUCGGGAGUCUGGGACCCCGUCGACAAGGCGUCGCUCUUCGGCACGCUGCGCAGGAACAGGUUUCAGGACCUGCCCGGACGUCACCACGGCGACCGCGGCACGUCGCUGGACCGCGGCGCUGGCAACCCCGACUUCUGGGGCGUCCACCAGGACCCGGAAAGAACGCGACACCGAGUCGGAAAGUGGCUGCACCUGUCCAACGACAACGGCAACCCGCAGCAGUCGCGCGGCGACGAAGGCGCCCCGCGGUGCCAACAGAAGUACAACCGCUCGCAGAGCGACAAGUUCAACCUGGGCGAGGAAAGCCGACCCGUCUACCAGAGCGAGAUCAGCGUGGAGAGCAACAGGACGGCGCCUCCGGGCGCGCCCUGCAGCCGCUCCCUGAGCGUCGACGAGCGCGGUGGCGGCCGCAGGCCCCUGGUCCGGAUGCAGGUGUCCAUCAACAACCGGAGCAGCAACCCGAACGCGCACAUCGUCAUCACCACGUCGCCGAGCACGGUGCGCACCGAGUGCGGGCUCUGGCCCCAGGACGAGCGCCGAGACGAGGGCGACUCUCCGGGCGCCGACUCGUCGCUCCUGGAAGCGCUGCAGACGCGCGGACUCCGAAGCCUGCUGUCGCAGCGCAGCGGCUCCCUGGCGCGCGAAGUGAGCCCGAGGCGGGGCGGCGGCGAGCCGCCGGACCGCCCAGCGCAGGCCGAGCGAGGUAAGCCUGCGGCCGGAUCGAGCCUUGCCCCGCCCGAGACACCUGCAUGCUGCAUGGACACUAACUCUGCUAAGGAGCCCGCGCCCCCCAGCACGCAACAGCGGCCCAAAAUCAUCCCCAUUUCGGUAGAACGGAGCACGAGCGACGCCAGCGUGCCCAGCCCCGGCUCGCGCAGUCCGGGAGAAGAGAGCGUCCAGGAGCGAAUCCAUCGGAAAAGCUUCUACCCGCGCUUCCACGACGACCCCAGGGCGGCCGCCAGGCGCCGCUCCGCGCUUUGGGACACAGAGUACUCGGGCUUCUGGAGCCAGGAGCUCAGAGACCGGGACGACGCCGCGCUCCUGAGGAAGUCUCGAAGCCUGUGGGACAACCACGUCCGAGAGCCUAGAAGCCGGUCUGUCGCCAGAACCGCGGGGGCCGCCCCGUUGUCGGUUGCGCCCCAGCAAGCUAGCCGACACGGCCACUUGUGGGACCUCAGCUUCGACGACGACGCGGGCAUUCCGGGCUCCAGCGGAAACGGCAGCAACCACCGCUGCAACAGGAAUGAGUCCAAGGACUUUGAUAGCCUCGAAAGUGAUGGGCCUCCGUCCUAGGAACUUGAGCAUGGCGUGUGUGUUAAUUAAAUUGGUGGGAGCUCCUCCCGCAUAGUGUCGCAUGGCGUUGCGUGGCGCACAAGGCAAUGCAAGCUGCUCACAGAAGCGCUAGUCUUUCUUUUUUUUUUCUUCCCUGCUCUCCUCUUCGACCGACAUUCGGUCUAUGCACUCAGUUUUCGGCAUACUGUGGCUGGGAACCAAUGCUGGACCAUGUAAUGGCCGCUAGCUGCUGUGACUGGAGCUCAAUGCACCAGGUCCAAGAGGGCUCCCUUAAACUUAGGGAAAGCGAACAAAAUAGUUGUGUUUUUGUACCAAAGCAAUGUGUGAGUGCGAAGAGCGACGCAUUUAGAGCUUGCACCUAGCAGUUACGUAUCGCCCCAGGGUAAAUCCGUGCUCGCAGACUCCGUGUCAUGAUAUGCUGAUGUGGCGUGCACUGUUGGUACGCCCUAACACAGUCAUGUUCUUUUUUUUUUUAAUCAGUGGCAUGCUGGUCAUUUAUGAGAAAUAUUUCAUAAGAAUGGCAUUCUGCACUGGCUCGGAUAUGUGAGCAGAAAAACUUUUGUACUUUGAUAUCAAAAUGCUUCAUUUCUGCCAUCAACAAAGUUGUCAUAAUGUGGUGUUCAGCAACACAACGAUCAUGUUUUUUUUUUUAAUGAGCGAUAAUGCGCAUCGUUACAGUGCUGUCUUGCAGUGUGCAAGCUUUGUUAGGUUAUGCACCACUGUUAAUUUGCGCAGAAGCAAACAUCCACUUACAUUGCAUACAUAUCUGCUUUCUUGCCCGCAAUGUUUGUAAUGCUCAAACUCUCAUGUCAGUCACCGAGUCCCUAAAUGCA